AUGGCUGGAUACAAUGGGCGUCGCGCCCCCAACUUCUCGCAGUAUCUCGACGAUCUGAAUGCCAUCCCAUCCGCCUACGACCAAGCCCUGCAGCAACAGCAGCAGAACACUUUCAACGUCGAUGAUGAGCUGGCUCUUUUCACCAACGCCGAGUUCUUUGAUUUUGACAACUUCGCCAACCUCGAUCUGCCUUCCUUCGACCCAGUAGAGAAGACUAUGCAUGGCGAGAUUGCGGAACAAAAUGGGGAUAUGAAAUUCUUGGACUUCCUGAACGAUGGGAGCUUGGCAAAUAUCACCGAUUUCCAGACCGACCUGAAUGUGAACGCCCCAGUGCCCAUGCAGAAUGUGCCGUUCUCGGCUGUUCCCUCGCCUAAUACCGCCAAUGUUCCAGCUGCUACCAUGCAGGUGCCCCAGAACGUGCAGAACGUGGCCCCUGCACCUGUUCAGAGCGUCUCUCCGAUUGCCCCUGUCGCUGCGCCCAAGCGCAAGAAUACUCAGAAGACACCGCAGGCCAGCGCCGAAGAGGUAGCGAGCAGUAUCGCCGAGGAGGACAAGCGCCGUCGGAACACAGCAGCCAGUGCUCGUUUCCGUGUGAAGAAGAAGCAGCGUGAGCAGGCCCUAGAGCGAACUGUCAAGGAGACCAAUGAAAAGAAUGAUGCUCUCUCGGCUCGCGUUUCGCAGCUUGAGCUGGAGAACCACUGGCUCCGUGGCUUGAUCAUGGAGAAGAAUGGAACCGAAGAACGUAACGAGGCGUCCGAAAAGGCCAUUUCCGACAUGUUCAAGACUUUCCUUGCAUCACGCAAUGAGAUCCCCUCAAAUACUUCCGACUCCAAGCACGGCGUUGGCACCAUUGCCUAA